CACAAAUUUCUUCACUUCUUUAAGCACACACAUGGAGGCCACACACAAGCUGAUGCUAAUUCUGGCAUUAUCCUCUUCUUUCACUUUGUUCAUCACUACUGUAGCCUUGAUUUCAUGUAUCUGCAGAAGAAAAGGGUGUUCAAAAGAUGAAUCUUGGAAUAAAGAAGCAAACUUUGAAGUUAAAGAAAUGGAGAUGAAAGGAGGGGAGUUGAUCAAGUUUGAAGGUGGUGAAGAUCUCACUUGUUUUGAUAUACUGGAUGCUCCUGGUGAAGUGAUUGGUAAAUCUAGCUAUGGAACUUUGUACAGAGCUAAUUUGGUGACAAGUGAUUCAGUUGUGGUGUUGAGAUUCUUGAGACCAGCAUGCACCACUGACAAGGUACAAGAUAUGAUGCAUGUGGUACAACUUAUAGGCUCAAUUAGGCAUCCUAAUUUGGUGCCUCUUUGUGGGUUUUAUGUUGGUCCCAGAGGUGAAAAGCUUCUGGUUCAUCCCUUCUACAGGAGAGGAAAUCUUGCUCAAUUCAUUAGAGAUGGAAAUGGUGGGUCUCAGAAAUGGAGUGUGAUUUAUAGGAUAUCAAUUGGCAUUGCUAGAGGAUUAGAUCAUCUCCACACAGGUCUUCAAAAGCCAAUUAUCCAUGGAAAUCUGAAAUCAAAGAACAUACUUUUAGGCAGAAAUCAACAGCCGUAUGUGUCCGAUUUUGGUCUACAUCUGCUCUUGAAUCCAUGUACAGCACAAGAAAUGGUCGAAGAAGUUGCUGUUGAAGGUUACAAGCCACCUGAAAUGGUUAGAAUGAAUGAUACCAGUGUUGAAAACGAUAUCUUCAACUUUGGAGUGAUCUUACUUGAAUUACUUACCGGAAAAGAGCCGAUGAACAAUGAGAAAGCAGACUCUGAUCAAGAUUUCCAUUCAAAUGCAAUCUUGGAUCACCCGAUAUCGGAUUUCUACCAUCAUGACAGUCCAGUUGAUGAAGAACAAAUUCGGAAGCUGUCUCAGCUUGCAAUGGUUUGCUGUUCACCAUCACCUUCUCUCAGACCCAACAUAAAACACAUCUGCAAGAAGCUACAAGAAAUUGGAUCAUAUGGACCAAAUCCUCGACAAUAACCGUUAAAUCUUGCUCAA